AUGGGUAAUAGCUGUGUUGAUAAAUGGGAUAACUUGGAACUAAGUAAGGCUACUGGUGUAAAAAUCCAUGUUAGAUAGGAUAUUGAAUACAUUAUUGCUGUUAUUGAUAGGUAUUUUCAAAAGGAAGUUGGUUAGCAAGGUUCAACUUUUGAUGAUUAAUUACACUACUGCAUUUAUUAGUUCAUAUUUAAUUAUAUUUAUUUAUCAGCCUAAUCAGCUAAUUUUCUUUUAGCUUAAUACCUUCUUUUAAGCCAACAAGCUAAAAUAAUUAUAAUGAAUGAUACUGCAAAAGGUACAACUAUCGAAAUAAUUAUAAUUGUAGUUGUGCUGCUAGAAGAGCUAGAUGAUCCUGAUCCUGAUGAUGUAGUGCUUGUAGAGCUACUACGGGAUGAUGAAGACCUACCACUUCUAGAUUUAAGACCUCUAACAUCAAGCCUACAUUAGGCUUAUUCAAUUAAGAACAGAAUAAAAUAAAAAAGAAAGAAUGUUAAUUUAUAGCUUUUCUUCAUUUUAAUUUGCAUUAAAUAUAAAGACUAACUUCAUUUAACAAAUUUCGAGAAAAAUUUAUAACUCAUUUCAAAUUGA